CCCACGAAUAAGGCACGAUCUCGCGACCCGAAAACCCUAGCUCGGAAGCACACGACCAUAAAACCAUACCCCUUUCCCUCGCCGCCGCCACUCGCCGCAACUCCUCGCAUCAGAUAGGGAAGAGCACCGGAGCCAUAUCCCCCCGACCGACAAAAUGGUGAACGUUCCGAAGACCAAGAAGACCUAUUGCAAGAACAAGGAGUGCAAGAAGCACACCCUUCACAAGGUCACACAGUACAAGAAGGGGAAAGACAGCCUGUCUGCCCAGGGAAAGCGCCGUUAUGACAGGAAGCAGUCAGGAUAUGGUGGUCAGACUAAGCCUGUUUUCCACAAGAAGGCGAAAACCACCAAGAAGAUUGUGCUAAAGCUGCAGUGCCAGAGCUGCAAGCACUACUCCCAGCGUGCCAUCAAGAGGUGCAAGCACUUUGAGAUCGGUGGAGACAAGAAGGGCAAGGGAACAUCCCUCUUCUAAAUUGCUUACUCCUAUGUGGAGUUGCGGUGGUCAUCAAUGUUACUACUUGUCUUCAGGUUUUGAUGUUAGGCGUAAAAUUAAAACAGAUUUGUCGUGCAUCCAAACUCUAGUGUCUGGCAUUUGAGUAAGGGGUCUACUUUUGGCUAAAUGAUGUUCUGUAGCUUGAAUCCUCCUUUGAAUCAUAUAACGACUUGUUUAAAUCUCUUCCUGUGUGAUGUA